AUGGCCUUCGCUGGAAGAUUCUUAUUUUUCCUAGAUAGCCCAACAAAUUUCUUUGACUAUUUGAUCGAUGAAUCUAUAUCGUUCUCUCCAAAUCAAUUUCACCCUGACGUGAUAUCUAAUUCCCUUCUCUUCGUCAUUGAUACUAAGAUGCCCUAUCUCUCAUUUUUCCGAAGUUGCUCAAAUCGAAGUUCGUCUUUCAUGCCAAUGGAGUACUAUAACAUGAAGGACAAAAUUAAAGAUAUUGCUUCUCAUUUCGGAGGUCAUGUUAAACCAUUUUGGUUAGAGGUGGAGAACUGUCCAUGCUAUGUUUGGCCCGGAAAUCCGAACUGGACACUAAGGAAACUCUAUAGCCUUGCUGAUAUGAAUCGAGCUGCUUUGCCUUCUGCAUUCACAGUUUCUUCUGACCGUCGUCUUGGUGCUAUCACAGAUGAUCAGUCUCGGAUUGCUCUAAUCGAUCUUCACCGAGGUACUGCCUUACGAUUUUGGAAGGGAUGUAAGGAUUCCAAAACUUGUUUUGUCGAUGUCACUGAGCGCUUUACACCAGCCGGACGUCUUUCAAGAAGGGCUCGUUACAUUCUUAUCUACCUUCCUCGCUCAGGGAUCCUGGAAGUUUGGUCCCUUAUUCACGGUCCACUCUUGAAAUCAUGGUCCGUGAAUGGAGUUCUUCGAUUUCUUCCACAACAUGCCGCCUCUCUUAAUCCAGCGCUCAAACACUUCAAUGCUCUUUGCGUCCUGGAUAACGAACGGCUUAUUGGUCUUAAAUUGAGCUAUGAUCUUUGGCUUCCUCACACCUCUGAGGCUAAUGAUUUCAAGCAGUUCUCUCGCUUACGAAGUUGGAUUACUUCAAGGACCUUUAAAAAAGCUCUUAAAUCAAACCGUACCGUCACUCUGACCAAGCUUGAUGACUAUCUUGGGGCUUUCUUAGAACCCGAUUGGUUUCUCAAAGCCAUUUGGGUUCUUCUUCGAACGAAUUCGAUUGAUUUGUCUGAAUGGCUUUCUGCGAAGCUGCCCCAUUGGAGCAUGCGGAGGGUGCUUUCCGAUAAAGCAAAGCAAUCCUUCGAGAAUCACAUUACGAAAAUCAGCAGCCUAUUACUAUUCCAUCUUGAUCUUUUAAAACUCUACAAUAAGAAGAACUUAUUGGAGAAAUUAAGUGAUCGUAUUCAUAGUGAGGAAAAUGAAUUUAUAACGCCGGUGCUUGAUUUCUUCCCGGAAGUGGAGAAGAAAAGGAGGAACCUCGGAAUCACUUCUCCAUGGACAUUUUUUCGUGCCGUUGCACAUUCACGCAUCUUUCCGACUGCGUCGGAUGAGCCUUGGCACAGGGAUAGGUCCCUCGCGCACGAAACCAUCCUGGGUCAGGCUAUAUUCAUUCCAUACUUUUCGGAGACAAUCACAAGGGAUGCAUUCAUGAGUUUUCUCGAAAAUGGACCAUUCCCUUUCGAUUACCUCCUGAUAUUGGCCACCCGGUGUCUCUUAACCGAAUCGAACAGAUUUUCUCCUUGCCGUCUAGUACGUUUGACCCAGGAGCUUUUCGCCUCUCAUCCUGCGGAUCUAUCAUCCGCCUUUGUGACUAUCUACAGCUCUCUUCUGAGUUCUCGUAACCACGCUGGUUGUUUGGUGCUCUGUGCAUCUCUUGUCGCUGCAGAAGAAGUGCUAAAACUACGACAGAAUGAGGAUUCCCAAUUAAAGUCAUCCCUGCCUCGCAGUGAUUCUCUUCCAUCCACUUUGAAGGAACUUCGAAACCGAUGUCAACAUCUUCAAGAUAUGGUUGUUUUUAAUCAUUCUGUUGAGACCUUCGGAGCGUAUUAUAAUUUUCCGCCUAGAAUUGUUCGCUCCUUCAGUGUUCACCAUAUCUUCAAACGAGGCCCAGAUCAUUUUACUAGCGAGUUUGCGCGUCACCUGGCUGCUUCCCGCCUAACAGGCCAUGAAAUUAUGGAAAUCUACCGUCGUUCUGUGUCCCACGUCAAUAAUAACGGCUUAAUGCCAAAAUAG